AUGUCCUGGCUGAAGAACGCCGUGAGCAAAGUGGGGGAGAAAGCCGAGGCCAUCAAGCAGAGCGAACGCUUCCAGAAGCUUCAGGAGAAGACCAGUGUGGUAGUAGCUUCGGCGGCCGAAAGUGUCAAGCGCGCGCGGGAGAAGAUUGGUCGACCAGCCAAUGCCAUUGAGUUUGAAGCGCAGUUGGAGAAUCGAGCCAAAACCACUCGCACGGUGCCGGCUAUCCAGGAGAUGCACAAGACCUGGGCACAAAGCAUUGUGGCGUCCAACAACAAGGAAGGACCACGGGUCUCGGAGGGAGAUCAUGACCUCGGCUUCAAGGAGAUGUUUCUGCAAAGCCGUGCGUUGGAGAACAGCUUGGAAGUGAUCAUUUCGGAGCCUUCUCUGCGUGAGCACUACAUGAAGCUGCCCACAGCAGAUGACUCACCUGUGGCCGCCCUUCACGAGUUGUUGUCCAAGUCUCUGGCGUUUCCAGCGGCGCAGUGGCAAGGACUGAUCCAGGUUGCGAUGAGUGGCAUCUUGUCGGGUGACCAAGUGACCUGGAUUCUCUCCAUUGUCACUGCCAUGAAGAAUGAUUGGUGGAACUGGCACAUUUUCGGAGUCGCAGUGCGCAAGUCAAGCAGAGAUCAGUCACAGUUCUUGUAG